AAAAACAAAUACUAUUAAAAACACUUUUUGAAUGCUGCACAAAACGGUUGUGAAUUGUGAUCGUCGCCUUCAAUCUCUCACUCCUGCAAAUCCUUCAUACCUACCCACCAGGUUUAAAAUCGACACUUGAAGAUCAUCAUCAGAUUUGCAGUUGCUGAAAAAUGGCAGUGGUUGCUUCUGCUCCGGGAAAGGUUUUGAUGACCGGGGGAUACCUUAUUUUGGAGAGGCCUAAUGCCGGGAUUGUGCUGAGUACGAAUGCUCGAUUUUACGCAAUUGUAAAGCCGCUUUACGAGGAAAUUGGACCCGACAGUUGGUCAUCGGCAUGGACGGAUGUGAAACUGACUUCUCCUCAGAUGGGAAGAGAAACUGCGUACAAAUUGUCGGUCAAGAAUCUGGAGCUACAGUCUGUAUCCUCGAGUGAUUCAAGGAACCCAUUUGUCGAGUAUGCAUUGCAGUAUGCUGUAGCAGCAGCGCAUGCCAGAUCCGGCAAAACCGAGAACGAGGAGUUAAAGAAACUUCUGUUGCUAGGUCUUGACAUAACGAUAUUAGGUUGUAACGAGUUCUAUUCGUAUAGGAAUCAGAUCGAAGCGCGUGGUCUGCCAUUGACUCCCGAGUCGUUGGCUUCGCUUCCGACUUUUGCUUCGAUCACAUUCAAUGCAGAAGAAUCUAGUGGACUAAAAAGCAAGCCCGAAGUUGCCAAAACUGGAUUGGGUUCUUCAGCAGCUAUGACAACUGCAGUUGUUGCUGCUUUACUUCAUUACCUCGGAGUCGUCAAUCUUCCGGCGGAGUCAAAUGGUCCUCGUCGAGCGAAUAAAGUUUCAUCGGAACUGGAUAUUGUGCAUAUCAUUGCUCAAACCGCUCACUGUAUAGCGCAGGGUAAAGUUGGCAGUGGUUUCGACGUGAGUUCUGCUGUUUACGGCAGUCAGCGGUAUAUCAGAUUUUCACCCGAAGUGCUUUCUUCUGCUCAGGACGCUGUUCGAGAAACGCCAAUGGAAGAAGUCAUAAGCAAUGUGCUAAAAGCCAAUUGGGAUCAUCAGAGGACGGAAUUUUCGUUGCCUCCGAUGAUGACAUUAUUACUUGGAGAACCGGGAAGUGGUGGAUCGUCAACACCGUCAAUGGUUGGUGCUGUAAAGAAGUGGCAAAAGUCCGACCCUAAAAGCUCUGUCGAGACAUGGAAGAAGUUGUCGGAAGCAAAUUCUGAACUCGAAAUGCACCUCGACACCCUAAGCAAAUUGGCGGAAACAAAUUACGAUGAUUAUAAAACUGCCGUUAACAAAUGCAGCAUGCUUACGUCAGAAAAGUGGACAGAGGGAGCUACAGAACCGAAGCAAAUAGAAGUGGUUAAAGAACUAUUAGGUGCUAGAGAUGCCAUGCUUGUCAUCAGGUGUAACAUGCGCAAGAUGGGAGAAUCUGCCGGAAUUCCCAUCGAACCCGAAUCACAAACACAACUCUUAGAUGCCACCAUGAGUACAGAAGGCGUUUUACUGGCCGGUGUUCCUGGUGCGGGUGGUUUCGAUGCGGUCUUUGCUAUUACAUUGGGCGAUUCAAGCAGCAAAGUGAUCAAACUCUGGAGCUCACUCAGUGUUCUCGCGUUGCUAGUGAGAGAAGAUCCUCGUGGUGUUUACUUAGAGAGCAACGACCCUCGAGCAGCACGAGUUACAGGUGCUAUUUCUUCGAUUCGAAUCUGACCGACUUUUUUUCCGGUUUUUUCAUACUGCCUCGUUAUGUUUAUUGAUGUUGUAUUGCAUAAAUUGAAUCUUUCGACCAUUAUAGUUUGAUGUUCGAAUAAAUAAAGGAAUCUUGAAAACUACGUUCCGAUUAUUCGAUGUCGGUUUCUACUUAGUGGUGAGGCAUUUGCUGCUUACAUUACAGGAAAAAAGAGAAUGGUUAUUGCUGUUUAACUGUUACUACUUUUGGUGGGGGAAUUAAUCAAAUAUGCUGCUUUAUUA